UCUAGUCCAUUUAAUAGUCACUGCUCACCACUUCACUCCUCCUAUUCCAACUUCUAGCAAUAAAUCUCAUAUACAACUCUGAUCACAUUCUCUAAGAUUAUUUCUAUAAAUAUUUGUUGAUAAUUCUUCAAUUUCUGACUCUCAAGUAUCUUUUGUUAUAAUUCCUCAAUGACGGGUAGAUCUGCUGCAUGCUGUGAGAAAGUAGGUUUGAAGAAAGGUCCAUGGACACCAGAAGAAGAUCAAAAGCUUUUAGCUUAUAUUGAAGAACAUGGACAUGGUAGUUGGAGAUCCUUGCCUUCUAAAGCUGGACUUCAAAGGUGCGGUAAAAGCUGUAGAUUAAGAUGGACGAACUACCUUAGACCUGAUAUUAAAAGAGGAAAAUUCAGUUUGCAAGAAGAACAAUCCAUCAUUCAACUUCAUGCUCUUCUUGGUAACAGGUGGUCCGCAAUAGCAACACAUCUGCCUAAAAGAACAGAUAAUGAAAUAAAAAACUAUUGGAACACUCAUCUUAAGAAAAGAUUAGCAAAAUUGGGAAUUGAUCCGGUGACUCACAAGCCCAAAAAUGCAACCCUAAGUUCAAUCGAUGGUCCAUCCAAGAAUGAAUCAAACCUUAGUCAUAUGGCUCAAUGGGAAAGUACUCGACUCGAAGCUGAAGCUAGACUUGUAAGAGAUUCAAAGUUAAGGUCACAUUCUAGUUUCAAAAUCCAACUCACUCAACUUGGUUCAUCAUCAUCAGCUGCUUAUCAAGCUGGUCCUAAAUGGCAUGGAACAAUGUGGUCAUCAAAGUCAAACAAAGUCUCUGCCGGUCGUGAUGAUUCUCCUACAUCAACAAUGACAUUUCCUGAUCAGAAUUUAUCACUGCCGGCUGCUCUAGCCGUAGGAUUAUCUGAUCACCACACGGCUUCGAACAAUGAAUUCAUAGGUGCCGGCUCUAGUAGUUCUCAUGAAAGAUCAGCAGUACUAGCAGUGAAAGAAGAAAGAAAUGAAGAAGAGUUGAAGAGCAUUGGGAAGUCUAGCCAUUUCUUAAAUAUUCCUGAUAUAGUACUGUUUCCAAAUGCUUAUCAUCAUGAAGGCACACAAUGGAAAUACGACCAUGCCUCAAAAUCUGCAGGAGACGUCGGAAACCACGCACCCAUGGUCGAAGAUGAUAAUGUUAACUUACCCGCUGCUGGGAAUAAUAAUUUCAUCAAUGGGUUUACAGAACUUAUUAUUAAUCAUGAUCCUCAUAACACCACCACUAGUUCAUCAUCCGACAACGGCGAAUGGACAGAUGAUAAUGGGUAUGGACAAGAGAUUAGCAAAUAUUACUGGAACAACAUACUUGACUUGGUGAAUUCCUCGCCAUCUGAUGCUCCACCAGUUUUCUAAUGCUAUUAGUAUUAGUUACCGCUACUUAAUGAGUAUGGAGUCAGUUAAGUAGGUUUUUAUCAUAAUAAUCUAGUCUAGCUAACUCGUCCGAGUGCAGAGGCGGAGGAGCGAGGAGUUGGUUCCCUCCGCCACUGUCCGAGUUAAAUCAUUAUCUGUACGUCAAUCUUGUCUACCUAUAUGAAAACGACUAGCUUUUAAUGUUCAUGGUAUUAAUUGUUGGGUGGUUCCU